GCGGAAGCGGCGGCGGCGGCCGUGUCCUUCUGGGCCGCGGCGCCGGGCGGCAGCAGCUGCGGCAGCAUGGCGGACACGGCCUCGCAGGUGCUGCUGGGCUCGGGGCUCGCGGUGCUCUCGCAGCCCCUCAUGUACGUGAAGGUGCUGGUGCAGGUGGGCUACGAGCCGCUGCCGCCCACGCUGGGCAGGAACAUCUUCGGGCGGCAGGUCUACCAGCUGCCCGGGCUCUUUGCUUACGCCAAACAUAUCGUGAAGGUGGACGGGAGAGCGGGACUCUUCAAAGGCCUCACACCGCGGCUCUGCUCUGGAGCUGUGGGCACCAUCGUGCACAGCAAGGUGCUGCAGCGGUAUCAGGAGGCUGAGCAGGCUGAGCUAGGAGCCUGCAAGAAGGAGCCCGUGUCCUCACUGGAGCAGGUCCUCAAGGAGACCUCUCGAGAGAUGGUCGCUCGCUCCGCCGCAACGCUCAUCACCCACCCCUUCCAUGUGAUCACCUUGAGAUGCAUGGUGCAGUUCAUCGGCAGGGAGACCAAGUACAGCGGGACACUAAGCGCCUUCGCCACGAUCUACCGAGAAGAGGGCAUCCUGGGCUUCUUCGCGGGCCUCAUCCCUCGGCUCCUCGGAGACAUCCUUUCGCUGUGGCUCUGCAACAUGCUGGCCUACCUCAUCAACACGUAUGCCCUGGAGAACGGGGUCUCAACCAUGAGCGAGAUGAAGAGCUACUCGCAGGCAGUCACUGGAUUCUUUGCCAGCAUGCUGACGUACCCCUUYGUGCUGGUCUCCAACCUGAUGGCCAUUAAUAAUUGCGGACUGGCCGGGGGCCUCCUGCCCUAUGCACCCGUGUACUCGUCUUGGCUGGACUGCUGGAGCCAGCUGCACAAGGAGGGCAACAUGAGCCGAGGGAACAGCCUGUUUUUCCGCAAGGUGCCCACAGGGAAGCGAUAUGUAUGGGAGGAGAGGAGGUUUCGCUGAAGCUGGAGCUGUGACUCGAGUCCCAGAGUUGAUGCUGGGCUCCAGACACACAGAAUCAUGAGAGAGUGGUGAUUUCUAUACAUUUUUUUUUUAAAUCAUCUAAUCCUGAGA